CUUUUGGUUUUAUGACGGAAAGUGUAUCCCCCUGCAGUAGAUCAGUAAGAAGUGCUCUUCAAUAUGAAUACAGGGAGUGAUUCUCACUCGUCAGACUUGGAUUCUUGGCGGUCACGCAGUGUUACAGAUGGCCUUAAGAACGGAGACGCCAGCAGCUCAUCUCUUGCUGCCAAAGGCUUCCGCAGCGUCAGACCCAACCUACAGGACAAAAAGUCACCAACACAGGGCCAGGUCCUCUCUCACGCUAUGAAUGGAAGUAGUAGCCAUCCACAGAGGUCCCUCUCUCCCCCAUCCUACCCUCCUCCCCCAACCUCACUCCACACUGGACUCCAGAGACAGAGCAGGAGUUCAGAGGGCAGUGAGUCAGUCACCAGAGAGUCUGUGUUGUCGGGCCACACCAGCGUGAGCAGCACCGUGCCCAUCGCCCGCUUCUCAGAAGAAGAGAAAAAGGUGUCCGUCAUUAAAGCCCCUCAUUAUGAAGGCAUCGGCCCCGUGGACGAGUCUGGCAUCCCUAUCGCCAUCCGCACGACGGUGGAUAGGCCCAAGGAUUGGUACAAAACUAUGUUCAAACAGAUCCACAAGGUUCACAAAGCAGAUGAUGACUAUUCUGACACAUACAAUGCAACAUAUGCUGUCAUAAACAAUGAUGACUACAGCCUGUCGUCCAACGCCACCAUGGCCCACCCUGCUCCCCGUACACACACGUACAGGCCACUCGCCAAAAGCCCCUCGGACAACGGGGGGCAUCUGGGGCCUCGGGAGCCUUCGCCAUCCCCUGUACCUCCACCGCCUCCACCCAUGCCAUCUCUCCUCCAGCUGAGGGCCAGAGACAGCGACCGUGAGAAAGACCUGCCUGACGCGAAUGAAUGGGGACCUCCCAACAGGAAAGUGGACACGAGAAAGUACCGCGCAGAGCCCAAGAGUAUUUUUGAGUAUGAGCCUGGGAAGUCCUCUAUUUUGGAGCAUGAAAGACCAACAUCCCUCCACAUCGCUCCUGCUGACAAGGCUCCGGAGAGACCUGCGAGUGCUGCCAGCGACUACAGGAAGAGAAGGAAGUCUGAGCCGUCAAGUUCCCAAGUGAAUGCUCAGUCUCAGAGCAGAGCUGCCACUUCCCCCAAACCAGUGGAUGCCUACAGACCCAGCAGCAGCCUGAAGAAACCUGUGAUUCGUUCCUCACCAUCCUCACCCUCCAGGGCCAAAGACCAGGAUGUGUCCAGGUGUUAUUCCACCAUGGAUGGACGCCACACUCCCCAGAGUAGAAGACCUACUCCUGACAGAGAGGUCUCCCAUAAACAGAUGACACAACUUAUUCUGUUCUCUCUCCUCCAUCAGAAACAGCCUGCGAGAGCCAUUUAUGAUUUUAAGGCACAAACAGCUAAGGAGCUGACUUUUAAGAAGGGUGAUGCAGUGAACAUCAUCCGGCAGAUAGACAACAACUGGUAUGAAGGAGAGCACCGUGGGCGGAUUGGGAUAUUCCCCAUGUCAUAUGUAGAGAAGAUGCCGUCCUCAGAGAAGCAGCAGCCGAUUCGUCCUCCUCCGCCAGCACAUGUCAGAGAGAUCGGAGAGGCGGUAGCUCGCUACAACUUCAAUGCUGACACUAAUGUGGAGCUGUCUCUCAGAAAGGGUGAGAGAGUGAUUGUGAUAAGGCAGGUGGACCAGAACUGGUAUGAGGGGAAGAUCCCAGACACAACCAAACAGGGCAUCUUUCCAGUGUCAUACGUUGACAUCGUCAAGCGCUCCCCGUCCAAGAGCUCCGCCCACCACAUAGACCCACAUGGUUACCCUGCCAACAGGACUCCAAGCUCUACACCCAUCAAGCGAUUAGUACAGGAUGCACUCCAAGGAGGAGGAGACCCGUACCAGGCCGUGUACAACUACCUGCCUCGUAACGAGGACGAGCUGGAGCUGAAGGAGGGCGACAUUGUGGAUGUGAUGGAGAAGUGUGACGAUGGCUGGUUUGUUGGGACCUCUCGGAGGAGCAAGUUGUUUGGAACCUUCCCAGGAAACUACGUGAAGCAGCUAUAAUGAUGAUUCCAGACCCCCCGCCCCCCGCCACCAGCCCUGGCCCCGCCCCUUUCUGUGACACAUUCAUCGCCCUCAGCACAGCACCCGCAGGACACCCCCUCCCAACACAAGACCUGUCGCACAUAUAUGUGUUUGCGCGUGUGUGUGUGUGUGUGGCUCGUCAGCUUCACACAGACGGAACAUUUAGCUCUAACUAGCCAUCUUUAAUGGAAGACUUCUAUGAGAUAAUGUCGUUUUUUUAAUCUUAUCUUUUUAUCCUUAUUUUUCUAUCACGGAGAACCCAAACUCUGUUCUCCAGUCAGUGACCUUUAACGUUUGACAGUGAUGGAAGGAUAUCAAAGGAACUCUGCAAACACUCAGUGAUAGAAAACAGAGCACCGCAGUGAUGCUUCUCUCUCUGUUAAAGGGCAGUAAGAUCACCUUUUUUAUUUUUCUGCAGUAUCUCACAUUUAAAAACACUUGUUACAUUUCAUUUCAGUGUUCAAUUACAAAUAUCCCCAAAGACAUGCGGUGCAGAGCGUGUUGUAAAGCCAGUAUUCUGUCAGCGUGUCUGUUAUAGACGAACUGUGUUGAAGGGAUUGCAGCCAUGCAGCUGACGUUUCAGGGAAAAGGAUGUUACUUCCCACAGUUACGUGUGGAAACGCCAGUGCAUGUGUCAAUGUUAGGUGUUAAUCAAGGUAUUGAUUGGUUGGCAAGAAUUUGGGGAUGUAUCUGUCCAGAAACACAUCAUUAAGCAGUUACGAUGAUCAAAUGAUCAAGUGGCAAAAGUGUCAUUGACUCUGUUGUACUUCUGUCUAAUCCUGAUAUGUUAGAUUUAAAGUAUAAGAUUAGAAAACACAAAAAUACUUUCAGCUUGUUGGUUCUUCAUCUUCACACUAGGAUUGAUGCACUUUAACGAAACUUUAACACAAUUUUGUGUUUGUUUUAUCUCAAAUUUCACUCCAGAUUUUUCACACUAGAGGUUAAUGUGACUGUGGGGCUUCGGGGUAUAUUGGUCAUGUUUGAGAAGUGUAUGCAAAAAGGUUGCCAACCUUUAGGUAUUAUAUUUAUUAGAAGACAAGUGCUGGUCAGACUGUGUUAUAAGACAAUUUUACAAAGGAUGGAAACACCACAAUGCUUUUUUUAAACAUCUUUCAGCAGCAGCAAACCCACAUUUAAAGGAUUGUUAUUUUAUUGUCAGGUGAAGCAUCAUCGUCCAGGUAGCUGCUGAGCGACAGUUAACACAAUAGUUCACAGGCUAUAAUCAUGUCCUGACGUUUUAUGUUGAAUUAUUUAAGUCAGAUGCAGGAUGAGAUGACGUUUAAUCAAAAACUUCAGUCAUGUAACUGCAGUUUUUUUCCACUAGACCUUGGUGGCAUCUUUUAACCCUGUUGUCAGUGAGUGGGUCACUGUUUCACGUAGUUAUAUACUGUUAGGAAUUAUCGCUCCAUCUUGUCAGUGAAUGUGAUUUAUAUUUUUUUUUUUCUCGUUUUACGUGUUUCACAUAGGAUGGACACUGACGACAAAAAACAAUUGUUGAAGCACCUUAACAUAUAUUUUGUUUUAUCAUUCACGCAUCAUGUCACCCCCUGUCAUCCACUAUUUCAGCUGGUGUGAGAACACUGUGUGUGUGUGUGUGUGUGUGUGUGUGUGUGUGUCUGUGGUGUUUUUGUAAGCCUUUUGUAUGAGAGCUGUAAAAUGGCCAACAUCCACUUGCUUUAUAAAGUCAGCUUUUUCUCACCCACCAUCACAUUUGGUUUCCUCUCCUUCUUUCUUCACGUUCUUCAUCGGUGGUGCUAAUUUCCACUUUUUCAAACUUAUUAUCGUAGCCAGGCAUGUAGGCCUUUUUCCUCCAGUUAUUUGUUGUUUUAAGAGCCAGUGACGUAUUUAAACUGAAGUUACUGUACGUAGAGUGAGUAGAGUUGGUGAUUGCUGCCUUACAUCCAACUCACUAAUUUAAUAGCCAUGUAUAUGUGAACCUCUUCUGUGAUGCAAAAAAUUAAUUUAUGCAUAUAUAGUUUAGAAAACGUCAGGAAAGUGUCUGGAAGUGUGCACAGAACAUGAUCACAAACUGGUCUGCCUUUGAUACAACAUUAGGAACAGAUUUGGACUGAAGACAUGAAUUUGAAUCCUGAUAUGUUUAUACAUGUAAUGAAACUGUAAAUCUUAUAUGUUAUUCAUGUUAAUAUCAAAUUCAAUGCACACUCUUGGGCCUAAGUAUUUCUACAAUACCUUAGAAUUUGUUGGAUGAUUUUAUGGGGCUGUAUUGCUAAUAAA